AGAGAGAGAGAGAGAGAGAGAGCGGUGCUGGCUUUCUGUUGGAUGCUGGUUUCCUGAGUCGCGGUGACUGAGAGGUGGGAUUUCACCUUUCCACCGAGGCAGCGCUGCGGGCUUUGCAGAGAUAAAGCGUGAGCGGUAAACAGUCCUCAGGAAUCAGGCGCUGUGCAGAUCGCCUUUCAGCCCGCGUUAUGUAGCCAGCCUAUAUCCAGGCUCCAGCGCUCCGUCAGUGUGUGUGGCAGACCGCAGCCUGGGCUUGGAAUGAACAUCGCCUUUAUUGUCCCGGACUGGAAGCUGACUGAGCCCCAAUCCAGCUAAGGUGACCCACUGCAUCUCCACCGGCAGCAGCUACCAAGAACCAGAGUAUGCCCUGACCCGGCAUGCGUCCACCCAUUGCGGUACCAGACGGGCUCCUGCUGCCGCUGCGGUGGCGGAACGGCAGGCAGACGGACCUGCAACACGCCGCCGACAUCUGGUGCGCGUGAGUGAUCCUCGCGCUCUCGCCUUUUUCUCCGUCAUGCUCGUGAGCUGCAGAGACCUCUGCGUGUUGUCCGCCAGUAGCCCGCUCCUCCGCGCAGCUAUAGACCGGGAAUGAACCAUCAUGGACGCAGGGAAGGAGGACUGGCUGUCUCUCACGGAGAACGGGACUGCUAACUGGACCGGCUCGAGCCUCUACCUCGGCGUCCAGAACUCCACAUCUGGACUGGGCGCGUGGAGGGGCGAGCGGCUGCGGGAGCUCAGCCAAACCGAGAAGGUGCUCCACGCCCGGGAGGAAGCGUACCGAGACUUCGCCACCACCGUUCAAGUUUUCAUCCUGCUCGGGUCUCUGCUAGGCAAUGCAGCUGUUCUGUGGUGCACCUGCUGCACUAACGUCUUCAAGUCAGUCACUAGCCGCUUUAUCAAGAACCUGGCCUGUUCGGGGAUCUGUGCCAGUCUUGUGUGCGUGCCCUUUGACGUGCUCCUAAACGCCAGUCCACGAUGCUGCCUGUGGAUCCACACACUGCUGCUCUGCAAGGCCAUCAAGUUCCUGCACAGGCUCUUCUGCUCCGUCACUGUCCUUAGCUUCGCUGCCAUUGCACUGGACAGGUACUAUUCUGUGUUGUAUCCACUGGAGAGAAAGAUAUCUGAUGCUAAAUCCAGAGACCUGGUGAUAUACAUAUGGGUGCAUGCAGUGGUGGCCAGCAUCCCUGUGUUUGCUGUUAGCAAUGUGACUGAUGUCUAUGCGACGUCCUCCUGCUCUGAAGGCUACUCGUUGGGGCAUCUUGUUUACAUGGUGGUAUACAACAUCACCACAGUGAUCAUACCUCUGGCGGCCGUGUUCCUGGCCAUGGCGUUGAUCCGCCGGGCGUUGAGCGCGAGCCAAAAGAAGAAGGUAAUCAUUGCAGCUUUGCGGACGCCACAAAACAGCAUUUCCAUCCCGUAUGUUUCCCAGCGUGAGUCUGAGCUUCAUGCUACGUUGCUGUCCGUAGUCCUGGCCUUCGCACUCUGCAGUGCCCCUUAUGCUGCACUGGUGGUUUACCGAGCGUUGCCUCCAGGGGCCCCCGAGGCUUCGGCGUGGCUGCGGCUAACUGCUGUCUGGCUGCCCAAAGUUUCACUGCUGACCAACCCUCUGUUGUUUGUGACUGUGAACCGUUCUGCCCGGCGCUGCCUGAUGGACGUUUUGGCCCGCCUGCAGCGCCGCUACAGCCGCAGAAAUGCAGUCAGUGUCGGGGGUAUGGCUGAAGCGGGGCCGCUGGGGGCCGAAACCGUGGCGCGAUCGGGCAGCCAGCUGCUGGAAAUGUUCAACAUCGGCCAGCAGCAGAUAUUCAGACCCAACGAGGAAGAGGAUGAAGAGGAGGAAAACGAAAUCCCGUCAGUGGCAUCAGCCACUUUGCCAUCCAAACCAGAGGAAGGGGCUGGGUCUGGGAAAGCAGCCACCACAGAAUCUGUGUCAUCAGCCCAACAGGUGACUGGGGAAGGGGCAAAGGAGGUGGUAGCUUUACCUGUACCAAAACACUCCCCUAUUCAGUCCUGUGCCUACUCAUCCUCGCAGGUGGCGCCAGCCACGCCCACUGACCCCGAAGACACAACACAGUUUGGCUUUGGCCCCUUCGAGCUACCCCCUCAGUGGCUGCCUGAGACCAGAAACAGCAAGAAAAGACUUCUCCCUCCUCUGGGGAACACGCCGGAGGAGCUGAUCCAGACCAAACAGCCCAAAGGGCGGCCUGAGAGACGCAUCAGCAGGAACAACAAAGUCAGCACCUUCCCCACUGUGGACCCCUAAGAGCCAGCCGGCACAGCAGUGUAUAAAUGAGGGACCUGGAGGUCCUGCACAGCAAAAAAUGGUAUCUUGCAAAGUGAUAUGCCCCUAAAUCUAGUCGAUAUAUCUAAUAUUUACUAUUUAAAGAGCUUAAUAUAAGGUCAUUUAACUGAUGUCUAGACCAUUUUUAUUUAUUUAUAAUUAUCUCACUAUAUUGGCAGGUCAUUUUUUUUGUUGUAGGAAAUAGCCUUGAAACCAGCAAAAUUAUAUGUGAAUAUAGUAAGAAAGUUUUACUUGAUAAAAUCACUAAAAACAAGUAAAUAAUGGUCUAGAAAUAGGUUAAAUAAUCUUAUACAAUCUCAAAAUGAGAUAUUGUCUAGAUUUAAGAUCAUUUCACUUGUCAAGAUGCUGUUUUUUCAGCAUGGAAAAGUGACAAACUCCUUUUCCAUUUUUAAACUCAUGAUUCCUUUUCUUUUUGUGAAUGUCUUGAUUUUUAUGGUGAUGGAGCAGGAGAGUAAUCAUUUGAACACUUUUGAUGUAAUAAUUUGUGAAAUCAGUAGAAAUCAGCUAAUGGUGUGCACCAAAAAACUCUUAAGAGAGGGGAAAUUGAUCUCUUACAGGAAAUGCAAGGAAGGGAUAGAAUUUGCAAUAUGGAUUUAUGUAGAAUUCAAUUUGUUGUACUUGGGAAUAAAAUGAGCUGAAAAUG